UUUAUAUAUUUUAAAAUAUUAAUUAAUUAUAUAAAGUAAGGCUCAAAAAGCUUAUGCCUCAACGCCUCGAGGCUUACGCCUCGCCUCACGAACACAAAAACGCCUCGCCUUACGCUUUCGCCUUUAAAAACUUUGGGUAGAAACACAUUCUGGUAAUCCAAUUUUGAGCUGACGCAAGAGUCUGAGACUCUGAGAGGCAGACAGUUUUUGGAGAUCAAGAGAUCAAACCAAGUAUAAUUUCCAAAUCAAUUGCAGAGGAAAAUCGAGAUUGGUUUUGUGAUGUGGGCUUUUCAGACUCCCCAAACCAUCCAACAACCUCACCUUCCAAAACCCUUCCACAAACCUACUGCCAUCUCUCCAAAACCUCAAUGCUGCCUCGCAUUACGUCCUUCCACCACCACCCGAAGCAACGGCGACAGCAAUAACAACAACCCAUUGAUUCAAUCUCUGUGUAAGCAAGGGAAUUUGAAUCAAGCUCUUCAAGUCCUCUCUCAAGAGCCCAACCCCACCCAACACACCUACGAGCUCUUAAUCCUCUCUUGUACCCGCCAGAACUCUCUCCCCCAGGGAAUAGACCUUCACCGCCACCUAAUCCAUGAUGGGUCUGAUCAGGACCCCUUUUUGGCCACAAAACUCAUCAACAUGUACUCUGAAUUGGACUCCAUCGACAAUGCACGGAAGGUGUUUGAUAAAACUCGUAAAAGAACUAUAUAUGUUUGGAAUGCGCUCUUUAGAGCGCUUACAUUGGCGGGUUAUGGUAGAGAGGUGUUAGACUUGUAUAGGCGGAUGAAUCGGAUUGGGGUUCCAUCGGAUAGGUUCACUUAUACAUAUGUGCUUAAGGCCUGUGUUGCUUCUGAGGCAUUUGUUUCACUUUUGCUGAAUGGAAGGGAAAUUCAUGGGCAUAUCUUGCGACAUGGGUUCGAGGGGCAUGUUCAUAUUAUGACUACUUUGUUGGAUAUGUAUGCGAGGUUUGGGUGUGUUUUGAAUGCCAGUCGGGUGUUUGACCAGAUGCCGGUGAAAAAUGUGGUUUCAUGGAGUGCCAUGAUUGCAUGCUAUUCGAAGAAUGGGAAGCCCUUGGAAGCAUUAGAGCUCUUUCGCAAAAUGAUGCUUGAGAACCAGGAUUUGUUGCCUAAUUCUGUGACUAUGGUCAGUGUGCUUCAAGCUUGUGCCGCUCUUGCUGCUUUAGAGCAGGGUAAGUUGAUGCACGGGUAUAUCCUUAGAAGGGGUCUUGAUUCGAUAUUACCAGUUGUUAGUGCUCUUGUGACAGUGUAUGCAAGAUGUGGUAAUCUUGAAUUGGGGCACCGAGUUUUUGAGAGGAUGGAGAAGAGGGAUGUUGUUUCAUGGAAUUCUUUGAUAUCAAGUUAUGGGAUUCAUGGAUUUGGAAGAAAAGCAAUUCAAAUUUUCAAAGAAAUGAUUGACCAGGGACUCUCACCUAGCCCCAUUUCAUUUGUUAGUGUUUUGGGAGCUUGCAGUCACGCAGGGCUUGUGGAGGAAGGGAAAGUCUUGUUUGAAUCUAUGGUUAGAGGACAUAAGAUUUUUCCCAGUGUGGAGCAUUAUGCCUGUAUGGUGGAUCUUCUUGGCCGUGCCAAUCGGUUAGAUGAAGCUGCCAAGAUCAUAGAUGAUAUGCGGAUUGAACCAGGACCUAAAGUUUGGGGAUCUCUACUUGGGUCAUGUAGAAUUCAUUGUAAUGUUGAGCUUGCAGAGAGGGCAACUUCAAGGCUUUUUGAGCUUGAGCCCACAAAUGCUGGGAACUACGUGCUUCUGGCUGAUAUUUAUGCGGAAGCUAAGAUGUGGAAUGAGGUGAAAAGGGUGAAGAUGCUUCUGGAAGCUAGAGGACUACAAAAGGUCCCUGGUCGCAGCUGUAUUGAAAUUAGGAGGAAGAUAUACUCAUUCAUGUCAGUGGAUGAGUUCAACCCACAGAUCGAACAACUCCAUGCUUUGUUGCUUAAGCUCUCAAUGGAGAUGAAGGAGAAGGGCUAUGUCCCGGAUACCAAAGUCGUGCUCUAUGAUCUCGAUCCAGAGGAGAAGGAACGAAUUGUGUUGGGCCAUAGUGAAAAACUGGCACUUGCCUUUGGUCUCAUCAACAGCAAAAAAGGUGAAACCAUUAGGAUUACCAAGAAUUUGAGGCUGUGUGAAGACUGCCACUCUGUCACCAAGUUCAUUUCAAAGUUUGCAAAUAGAGAGAUCCUAGUUCGAGAUGUUAAUCGUUUCCACCUUUUCCAAGACGGGGUCUGUUCAUGUGGUGAUUAUUGGUAGUCAUGCAUGCAACAUCCGAUCCUGAUUCUUUUAGCUCAUAAUAAUGGCCUCUCUUAGGAAGCUUCGAGCGAUUUUGGAGAUGUACAGCUUCCAACACUUGAGUUCAGUUACAGAAAACAAUUUUACCCUACCA